GCAACAUUAUCCAAAAGCAUGAACAGAGGUUUCGCCACACUACUAGCUGGUGCUCUAGGCGUUGGAGUAAACCAUUUAGGAGGCCUUGUUGGAGACAAAGGAGAACCCAUUAUUCUUGGCUUAUUUGUCUUCGUAUUAGCUGUAGCAUCUACAUAUACGAGGUUCUUUCCUCACGUCAAGGCGAGAUACGACUACGGGGUGUUGAUAUUCAUAUUGACAUUCAGUUUAGUAUCGAUCUCCGGUUACAGAGUUGAGCAAAUCGUAGAGCUUGCCCAUCAAAGACUAUCCACCAUUUUGCUCGGGGGUGCGAUAUGUAUAAUCAUCUCCAUAUUUGUUUGCCCUGUUUGGGCUGGUCAAGAUCUUCACAAUCUCGUUGCAACCAACCUGGACUUGCUUUCCAACUUCCUUGAAGGAUUUGGAAGUGAAUAUUUCGGAGUUUCUAGAGAUAGAAAUAACACGAUGGAGCCCAAAAAAGUUUAGUCAUUCAUUUACGGUUACAAAGCUGUCCUCAACGCAAGAACCACUG